AUGGACGCCAGAUCCAAGGCAAAUCUUAAACGGGAGUGUCGCCGACGCGGCCUAUCUACCUCUGGCGAGAAGACUGAUCUCGUGCAACGCUUGCGGGAACCCAGCCCUUUGAAAAUCUCGGCUACCACCCUUCCCAGCAAGAAGGAAUACGAUAUCGACUGUGUAGUGGCCGUCUCCAUCCCCUACGACACCCCUUCUGCCAUGAUUUCAACGGCACGGACACAACUGGCGAUCGCCGCACAGCGUGACCCACUUGAAGAGGAAGAAAGGGCGGGGAAAACAGUCAUCGCCAAUCCUCGUGGUGGGUCAUUUCUUGCUCAUAUGGCUGCGGAGGUCGCCGCGCUUAGACAAGAUCAUCUUACCCUACAACAACGCCAUCUUACCUUGCAAUAUGCAUUUCAAUCCAAGCACAAGGAACUCGAGCUCACUGCUGUUGGCUUCCGAGAUUUCCGCCACCGGUUUAUAAGUGUCUACAAGAGAGACAUUUUGGGUGAAGCGGAUGGAAAUGAUCAAACGUACAUUCGGUCUGGGAAUACUGUCGUUCAUAGUGGCAACUGCAAACGAGACGCAGAACUCUACAGCGGCCCCAAACCCCGCAGCGAUCAUUCAGUCUUCGAGAAACUGUACGGUGUACGCCCAGAAACUGCUGCCAAUAUUGAUGAUUUUUCAACAAUCUGUUUACUGGACAAACAUGCCACCAUAGUUGCAAAUCCCCAAUACAGAACCACGCCGACCUUCGAUAAUCAAUUCAAAAAAUUUAUUACUGCGCUCUCUGAACGUGGAUUUCCCAAUGAGUUCCUAGAAACUAGGGAUGUAUUAACAGAUGCAUAUUGGGCGCUUUCCCGAGAGGCGGCAGAGAUUAUGGGGAGGUGA